AUGAAGUCCAAAGCACACCAAAAGGUGUCCGUGGUCGCGUUUCGAGCGGAGAGGAAGAUGAAAGCUAGCGUGCAAUGCCUGGACUCCGAUGAGGACGAGGGCAAGACGAUCGAUGAGAAAGGAGAAAAAAACGGGGGCAGCCGUAGCGCGUCGGACGAUGAAGACACCGAGUCGGAGGUAGAGCUCCUUGUCACCAGCGUCGUCGACUCGUCCAGCACGAAACAGUUGAGUCGCUUGAAGCGGCCGUCGCCCCCGACGAUAUCGACUGUCGCCCAAUCACAGAAGCGGAUGAAACACCAAGCGAAGCUGACCAGUUCGCUUCGAAUUGAUGAGGAAGGGGUGAAACGCUUACAUCGCAGCGCGUGA